AUGGACCCAUCCGUGAGACGGGAUCCGGAGCUGGAGGGUUCCGCGGAGAGCUCGCUACCGCAGCCUGCGCCUGCCGGGCCUCGUCCGCGUCUCCCUGCGCACCCCUCCGCGAGCGAGCCCGUGCACCACUUCGAGCGGGUUCAAACGCUUCCCCAUCGUCCUGCCGCGCGCCCCGCCUCGCCGGAGUAUUCGUGGGCGCCUGCUCGUGUUGCGUCGAACCGCCCGGACGGUGAGCCGCGGCAGGAGCGCGGGUGCUCGCCUCUGCGGCACCCUCAACAGCCGCCCUCUCCUCGCCGCCCUUCUCCUGAGCGUCGCGAGCACUAUCAGCGCGGGGAGGGGGUCUCGACGACCCGCUCCUAUGGAACCAGUGGCGCCUGCGCUUCUCCUCCGCAACUGUGCCUCUGGACGCUCACAGUGUGGGACAUCUGCUUUGUGACAAGUCUAAAAAAUCCCCACCGCCUUCCCCCUCCCCACACCAGGCUCGACGACCCGCUCCUAUGGAACCAGUGGCGCCUGCGCUUCUGCAGCCCGAGACCCUCCUCUCAUCGCGUGCUGGACGACCCGCUCCUAUGGAACCAGUGGCGCCUGCGCUUCUCCGACCCGCAUAAGUGCCGCUGGACGCUCACAGCACGCGACAUCUGCUUCACACACCCCUUCACCGCCUACCUCUUCCGCCUGGCCAAGUGCAUCCCCAUCGACCGCUACGGAGGCAUCUACCAGCCCGGCAUGACGGAGGCCGUUCAGCGACUCAGUGCGGGCGGAUGGCUGCACAUCUUCCCAGAGGGGCGCAUCACCCAGGAGCACGUGGCAUUGGCACGCCUCAAGUGGGGGCUCGCAUCGGUCAUCGACCGCUGCACCUCCCCUGUCCCCCCUAUCAUCCUCUGUGUGGCACACAGCGGCUUUGAGAAUGUCAUGCCUGAGCCACGUCCAUUCGGGCACAGGGCCAUAGCGCCCCUGUGGGGGCAGCGCAUAGCAGUGGUGGUGAUGCUUGAGCCGUGUGCGUUCGGCCACAAGGCCAUAGCGCCACUGUGGGGGCAGCGCAUAGCGGUGGUGGUGGGGGAGCCCUUCUGCUUCCACGCACUUACACACCCUCACGUGCUCCGUCACUCCCUCCCACUCUCAGGUCAUGCCUGA